CGAGUGCAUAAACCAUAUUUUACCCCAUAUAAACCCUUGUUCAAUACUCCGUACAUUCCUCUGAACCGAUUGUACCCGAUUCGUAACCGAUCACACUACCGUACAUGUUAUGAAAGUUUGACAUAACAUAUGCUAGGAGCCUAAGAUUGCGUGGAUUUACCGUGCUGGGUUUAUACUUCCUCCUAAAACCUGCCACCAGCAAGUAGCAACCCGCCCUAACACCGAGUUUGCGUCUCAACUCGCUCGUCUUCUCUCUUUGCUUACUGAGUUGCAGACAAACCUUAUUGUUGCACUUCUUAGCACCUGGGGUGAUUUGACAAUUUGAUUUUUCCGAGUCAAGAAAAGGAAGAAAUCUGAGUAGGGGUUGAUUUGAGUAGGUUUGUUUGUCUGGGAUGAAUGAGUUCUGUCUAUGUUUAUGAGUAAAGUUUGGAACUAAGUGAUUACAAUGGCCUCAUCGUCUCUGGCAUCUCGUGUUACUCUCCUUGCCCUUCUGUCUGCCACUACCUUCUACUGCUUCUAUAAAUCCCGCCGCCUUAAGCUCGCUUCCCAGAAGCUUGCUUUCUCUGUUCGGAAUCCGAAACUUAUUUAUAUCACUGAAACUGGCACUUCUAGAACCCUAGCUUACCGCCUUCACAAGUUGCUUGCAUCGAAAGGUCUCAUCUUUGACCUAAUUGACGUCAAAGAUUAUGAGCCGGAGGAUCUUUCAAAAGAAAGUCUUGUUGUGAUUGUGGCUUCUACUUGGGAGGAUGGAAAACCGCCGUCUAAGGCCAAGUUUUUUGCUGAUUGGAUUGAGGAGAGCGUGAAUGAUUUUAGAGUAGGAUCACUUUUACUUAAUAAGUUCAAGUUUGCAGUUUUCGGGGUUGGUAGUGGGGCGUAUGGGGAGAGUUUUAAUGUGGUGGGGAGAGGGAUUUCGAAGAAAUUGAAGGCUUUGGGUGCAAAUGAGGUGCUCCCAUUACGGGAGGGGGAUGUGGAUGGAGGUCGAUUAGGGAAAGAGAUUGAUGCUUGGGGUGAGAAGUUGGUUGGGGUCCUAAAAGGUGGAGUUCAGGAAAAUGGGGUAGUUGCUUGUGGAAAGUUAGACGAUGAGAGUGAUUCAGAGUUUGUUGAUGAGUCUGAUGAUGAAGAGCUGGAAGAAACUGUGGAGGAUGUUAUUGAUCUGGAGGAUAUAGCAGGUAAGGGGCCAUCAAGGAAGUCAAAGAAUGCAGUGGAGGUUAACGGGGUGAAGACUGACGGCAAAAAAGAAAUGGUCACUCCGGUAAUCAGAGCAAAUCUAGAGAAGCAGGGGUAUAAGAUAAUCGGUUCACAUAGCGGUGUUAAACUUUGCAGAUGGACCAAGGCGCAACUUAGAGGCCGUGGAGGUUGUUACAAACACUCAUUUUAUGGAAUCGAGAGUCAUAGGUGCAUGGAGACAACACCAAGCUUAGCAUGUGCAAACAAAUGUGUUUUUUGUUGGAGGCAUCAUACCAAUCCUGUAGGGAAGAGCUGGCAAUGGAAAAUGGAUGAUCCUGUUGAGAUUGUGAACACUGCGUUAGACCUGCAUACUAAAAUGAUAAAGCAAAUGAAAGGAGUUCCAGGGGUACUAGAAGAGCGGCUGUCAGAAGGCCUUUCACCGAGGCACUGUGCUUUGUCACUUGUAGGAGAACCAAUUAUGUAUCCCGAAAUUAAUACACUUGUAGAUGAAUUGCAUCGGAGGAGAAUUUCUACCUUCCUUGUUACAAAUGCCCAAUUUCCUGAAAAAAUCAAAUUGUUGAAACCAAUUACGCAGUUAUAUGUGAGUGUGGAUGCUGCAACAAGAGACAGUUUGAAGGCAGUGGAUAGACCCUUAUUUGGAGACUUUUGGGAGCGUUUUCUGGAAUCCCUGACUUCUCUGAAUGAAAAGCAUCAACGGACCGUUUAUCGCUUAACAUUAGUCAAGGGUUGGAAUGCUGAAGAUGUAGAUGGUUAUUUUAAGCUGGUUUCACUUGGGCAGCCUGACUUCAUUGAAAUCAAAGGAGUAACUUAUUGUGGAUCAACUGCUACAUCAAAGUUGACAAUGGAAAAUGUUCCUUGGCAUGCUGAUGUAAAAGCAUUUUCAGAAGCUGUGGCUUUGAGAAGUGAAGGCGAGUAUGAGGUUGCUUGUGAGCAUGAGCACUCCUGUUGUGUCCUCUUGGCAAAGGUCGAUAAAUUCAAGAUCAACGGCCAAUGGUUCACAUGGAUUGAUUAUGAAAAGUUUCAUGACCUGGUGGCUUCUGGUGAGCCUUUCAAGAGCUCAGAUUAUAUGGCUCCCACACCACCUUGGGCUGUUUACGGAGCUGUGGAAGGUGGAUUUGAUCCACAACAAGCGAGAUUUAGGAAAGAACGAAAUCACAAGUCUAAACUUCAGUCUAAAUGAUUUGAAUAUUCAUUGCGAGAUCUUCUGCUAUUAGAUCCACAACAAGUGAUCUGAGAUAUACUGCGUAGGAAGAAUGAAAUUAGUCGUGUAGCAAUCCCAUCGAUUAAAUGUUUUUUUUUCAUCCAAUCGAUGAUGAUUGUGAGGUUAGGCUUGUGCUUUUCGGUGACUUCUUGAGUUCAUUUUAGAAAAUGGCCGAGUAAACGAACAUGUUAUUGUUUUGUUAUUUUCAAGUUUUGGUACGGAAUUUAGAUACUGGAAUGGCAGAAGACCUUGUUUUCUUCAUCGGCUUCUAGGACGCCGCGGUAGUAUGAAUCAUGAAGGUUCCAACUACAUGUACUGUAUACUGUAUACACAAUUGCUUUAGAUGGGUUUGCUGCAGGGUUAUUUAUUUCUUAA